GAGCUCGUUGUAUUUGCUAAGGGAGAGGGUUUCAGCAGGGCUGGGGGCGCAACAGCGCGGUGACAAGCCAUCUGCGAGGAGGAAAAGCACCUUCAUCUGUUUAAUUUUACGUUGAAUUAUUUCACAAUGCAUAACGAACUCAAAUCAGGCUCCAAAUGAAACAGUAAAACCGAAGUUAAAGUUUAAAUCAAUGGUACAGGAGGGUAAUAUGUCCAGGACGCCUUCCACCUCAACCCAGGAAAUCCAAAUGGACAUGUUCGACCACCACGGCUCUCACGCUCAGGGGAAGUAUGCAAAGAGAAAGAGUCGCUUCAAACGCUCAGAUGGAAGCACCUCCUCCGACACGACCUCCAACAGCUUUGUUCGACAGGGCUCGGCAGACUCCUACACCAGUCGUCCUUCAGACUCUGACGUGUCUCUGGAGGAGGACCCUGAGGCUCUCAGGAAAGAAGCCGAUAGACAAGCUCUUGCCACCCUGGAGAAGGCUAAGACCAAGCCUGUAGCGUUUGCAGUGAGGACUAACGUUGGCUAUAACCCAGGCCCUAAUGAUGAUGUGCCUGUUCAGGGCAUGGCCAUCUCUUUCGAACCCAAAGACUUCCUGCACAUCAAAGAGAAGUAUAAUAAUGACUGGUGGAUCGGGCGUUUGGUGAAGGAGGGAUGUGAGGUGGGCUUUAUCCCCAGUCCAGUGAAGCUCGAGAGCACUCGGCAGUUACAAGAACAGAGAAUGAGACAGAACCGCCUUAGUUCCAGUAAGUCUGGUGGAAGCUCUAGCCUGGACGUCGCCACAGGUGCCCGCAGGCCCACUCCUCCUGGAACAGCUGACUUGUCCUCGGGGCUUUAUGACGAUGCUUUGGAUUCGGAUGUUGAGGAGGCGGAGACUGCCGACACCCGCGACCAUAAGGGUGUGGGCGGAAGUGUCACCUCCCCUCAAGGCAACCUGCCCCGCCUCCCUUUCUUUAAGAAGAUGGAACAUGUUCCUCCUUACGAUGUGGUGCCUUCCAUGAGACCCAUUAUUUUAGUGGGGCCGUCCCUUAAAGGCUAUGAGGUCACAGAUAUGAUGCAGAAAGCUCUCUUCGACUUUCUAAAACACAAAUUUGAGGGCAGAAUAUCCAUCACCCGGGUGACAGCCGACAUCUCACUUGCCAAACGCUCCGUCCUUAACAACCCCAGCAAACACACCAUCAUCGAGCGCUCCAGCACCAGAUCCAGCCUGGACUUACUGGCUGAGGUACAGAGUGAAAUCGAGAGAAUCUUUGAGCUGGCUCGGACGCUUCAGUUAGUGGCUCUGGAUGCAGACACAAUUAACCAUCCAUCUCAACUGGCCAAGACCUCACUGGCACCAAUCAUAGUCUAUAUCAAGAUCGCCUCUCCAAAGGUGUUGCAGAGGCUGAUAAAGUCCAGGGGAAAAUCUCAGGCCAAACAUCUCAAUGUCCAAAUGGUGGCAGCUGAUAAACUGGCACAAUGUCCUCCUGAGCUGUUUGACAUAAUCUUAGAUGAGAAUCAGCUGGAGGAUGCGUGUGAACAUCUGGCUGAAUACCUGGAAGCUUACUGGAAGGCCACACAUCCACCAAGCAGCAACCCGCCCAACCCUCUGCUGAACCGCACCAUGGCCACAGCCGCCCUGGCCGCUUCGCCCGAACCCGUCUCCAACCUGCAGGGGCCGUUCCUGGUGCAUGGAGAGCAGAAGAGGGAAAUGCCUGAACGUGGCGGCCUGCAAGACUACCAGAGUGACCUGAGCGGAAAGCAGCCACUGCGCUCCUCACGCAGCCAGCUGCAAACAGGCAGCCGGGGUCUCUCUCGUCAGGACACAUUUGACUCUGAGACCCAGGGCAGCCGUGAUUCUGCAUACACCGAUGACAUGGAGACCGAUCCAUAUGAGGAGCCUGACCCAUGCCGCUCAUACCGGCUGAACCCAGCCCACCACGCUCCGCGCCAGGCCUCCUGGGAGGACGAAGGGGCGGAGCCUGACCAGGAGAACCUCAACAUGGUCCCACCUCCAGCCAAUCAGCAUCAGCGUGGGCGAGGCAAGCUGAGGGAGCGCUACUGUCAGGACGCAGAAGCCGGAGGAGCUACGACAGGCCGCAACCACAACCAGGAGGAGUGGAGCAGAGACGUGUACAUUCGCUAGAGCAGGUUUACCUGAACACACCCAGUAGAAUCUCUAGUUUGGAUCUGUUUACAACCCAGAGAAACACACAAUCAUUGACAGACGCUGUACAGCUCGCCACAUUCACAACACGCUAGCUCUCUUCCAUUGCAUCUUUAGUUUUUGAGGACGAUACACUAACCCACAAAAGUUUGGAAGAGUGAAGAUGAGUGAUGUUUUUGAAAGACGACUUUCAUGCUUGAAAAAUACUUUUAAAAUGAUAUUAGAUUAUUAUUAUAAAUGUAGUAUUAUUAACACAAAGCUGAAUGUUUUGUUUUUUUUUUUGCUGUAAUUUGAGUCUUUAGUUGCAUGUGAUCCUUUAGAAAUCAUUCACAUAUCAUGACUGAAAAAUGAAAUAAUUUUCAUCACAGGAAAUCAUUUUAGAAAAAUAUAUUUAGGUAGAAAAAUUAUAAGUUAAUAUAAUAAUACAUUUCAUUUAAAUUGUCGUAUUUCAACAUGAUAUGUUUUUGCUGUACUUUUAAUCUAACAGAUGCAGCCUUCGGUGAGCAUACUCAAUGCUGCCUCACCUAAAAACUUUAAAUGAAAAACAUUAAGUGUUUUGGUUGUUUAUUUACAUAAUCACAUUUUUUGGGGUCUAAAAAUGCUAACUUUAAAAAACGAUUUCAAAUUGCACGUUUUUGAAAACAUUGUUAUUGACGUCGUGUAAAAACUGUUGUUAAUUGAUGCGUAUGCAUACGUGUUUAGUCUAUUGACCUUAUUCUUAACAUGCGAGAGGGAGCCAUUGGAAUCUUUUUGGUUUCGUUCGCUUCCAUUGAUUUUAAAGACGUUAAAAACAGCUCGCUAUGCUGCUUGAGUUUGCAAACUGAAUUUUUCUUAUCAUGUUAUAAUACAUUUUUGACACCGGGAACAAUUUUUGAUUUUUAAUCAUAUAUUAGCGUCAACAAUCUUUUUUAAUUCAUGUAUUCAUUUGGUUGUUGAUUUUUAAUUGAAUAUUUAUUAUUAAAAUGUUCUUGCCCCUUCUCGGGCUGGAGAGGGUCUGGUUCGGGGACCACAGGAUCUCAUCUCUGUUAUUUGCAGACAAUGUUGUUCUGUUGGCUUCAUCGAACAUGGAGCUUCAGCAUGCACUGGUUUGCUGCCGUGUGGCGCAGCUGGGAUGAGAAUCAGCACCUCCAAGUCCGAGGCCAUGGUGCUCCACCGGAAAAAGGUGGUUUGCCAUCUCCAGGUUGGAGGAGUUCAAGUAUCUUGGUGUUUUGUUUACGAAUAAGGGAAGGAUGGAACCUAAACAAGCGGAUUAGUGCAGCGGCAGCAGUAAUGCGAUUGAUUAUUCGCAGAAUAAGGUCAAUAGUCAAGUAUAAGUACUUGGCAACCAAAACAACAAUUAAAUAACAAAUACAUUACAUUGAUCUACAUUUUUACGUAUAGUCAUGAACAUAUUUGUUUGUAGAUAUAGUAGUCUUCUGACAUGUUUUAAUUAAUAAUAGUUUCUUCCAUUGGCAACUGAAUCAGAAAUUCUAAAACAAUCUCAAAAAUAAGCACACUUACUCAUCUCAGAAUAAAGCCGCCUUUCCACUGCACACAGCAUUUGGACAUGAGUCAUGACUGUCGGAAUACACUACCUUGUGGCUGUCGAACAGAAUUUUCAGUUUUGUCGUGCGCCAUGGGAGAGAAGCUUUCCUCGCAGUGUCCGAAAUAAAGGAGUGCAAAUGCAAGAGCCUUUAUUCUCUGUACGUUCACCGCGGUUGAAUGAAUGAAUACUUAAAACUCAUUUACCUUUAAAAAUUAUGGAGGGAAUGUGGAGACGACUUUUAAAAAUAAUCUUUUUUAUGACUCAUUUAUUAAUAGAAAUGUCUUGUUUUUUUCAAUUUAGACUUUUUUCUGAUUCAAAAAAUAACAAAAAAAAAAAACUACUAUUUUACAUCUCGCGCGCACAGAUUUGCUUGGACAACACUGGAAUACAUCUCAUCCGGUCGUUCGCAUACUGUCUAUUUACUGGAGUUCAAAUAUUUCAACAGAUCUGCAGCUCAAAUUUUCCGAGAUGAUAGGAACUCCCGGACUACUCUCCAUUGGAAAUGACUUCCGGUCUGUCGCUUGUUGUUUGUCGUGUGCAGUGGAAAUAGGCUUUAGGUCAAUAAGCAUGUGAGCAAGUGCUUAGCAACCAAAACAACAAUGGUGCAAUACAGCACAUUGUGUUACUUUAAAAACUGACAUUGCCAUCUACUGGACUGACAUGACAUGCAUCUUUUUAACCAAAUCCUUGUGAACAUUUUGACAAUAUCUGUAUGUAAUUUCUACAAAAACGCCAAAGAAAAACAUUUACUUUUAGCGUGUCGUCUGAAUGACGUCUUUCAAAAACAUUUGUCCAAACUUUUGACGGGUCUUAUGAGCAGGAAAUGCUGCUUAAAUCUUUAAUCUCUUUUACUUUUUUUGUAUAGUACUGCAUGAAUCAUUAUGAGGUUAGUAACUGUUCUUGAUGAGCGUUAAACACGAUUCAGAAUGUAUAUCCAAAAUCUUGCAGACGUAUGCGUGCGUUCGUUCGAUUCGGCGGUCGGGUACGUGUGUAUGUGCAUCCUCUGUAGUCUUAAACAGGGUCUUUUCUGAUACACAAGAGUCUCUGGACAGAUCCAUCAGUUUGAUUUCCCAGACUACUACAGUACUGCAGAGCGGGUGUGUUUUUUUGUGUCAUAUUUAUUUUAUUUAUGGAGGUCUGUCCAGUCUUUAGCCUGCUAAAACCUUUACCGAGCUCCACCUCUGCUGUGUGCUUCAGAAGGGGGCGCUGUGGUGCUCUCAUCUUCUAGUUUAAUAGGGCUAACAAGCGCAUCCACAGAUGAUAAUCCAGAUCUGCUAGCGGCUAUAAAAGGCUAAUAUGCAAAUCGAGAGGACAAAUUUGUUUUAGAACUAAAAGCCCAACAGUUAAAGUCGAACACGAAUAGCGUUGUGCUGAUUGUCCCGUCUUCUGUGCCUGCUCAAGGGCUUUUAGCAUCUGUGCCGCUAAUGUACCACUGCCAUUGGAAACAUGUUCUGCCUUAUUCGCACGUCAGUCACACAGGCCAACCAAUCACAAGUGCCGGAGUCGUUCAUCAGGCCACUCCCACCACAAUCAGGCUGGGUUGUCUUAACUCAGUGCAACACAUGCAGUUGUUGUCGUGUGUGUGAUAGUAGUCGAAACUGCCACUUUUAUCUUGUUUCCGCAGCCACACGUUUGCACUUCCACACAUUUCGAGGUGAAACAAGGUAUUUCUUGCAUGACAAAUUCACUUCGCAGUCUGAGAAUCGGAAUACAAUCACAAUCACUGAUGUAUUUACAGUGCGCGCACACAUCCCACUGCCAAACACAUGCUAAUAUGCUAGUGCUUUUUGUGUUGUUCUCUCUGUGGCCAAUUUCUAAGCCAGGACUGUAUGUGUGCGUGCGUAUGAAAACGAGAGAAAAUCUGAAGUCUUUACUAUUUUAUGUACGCAGAGCAUUUGGUAAAUGUCUUCUUUUUUCUUUUUCUUUUUUCAAAGAUUAUCAUGAUGAAAUUCGCUAAAUAUACAAGUAGAUAGCUUAUACUAAAUAAUGUUAUUGUUGCAUUAUCGCAAUUGUUUCAGAAUAUAAGGACAACUGAUGUAUUCUUUGGUGCCUGAUUGUAGCUCCAUUUUACUUUUUGUUUUUAAUCUGUGGAUAAAUUCAUAUUUUAAUUAAAAAUUUUAAUCUGGA